UCCACCUCCCGCCCUUCCCUCUUUACCUCCGGGCCGGCUUGGCCUGUGAUGAGAUAGUCGGACCGCAGUCGUGGAAGUGGCGACGGCAACUGCAAUCACGUCCACGACCGCGACCAUGGCCGAGUAUCAAGCCCAGAAUAAAGCCAAGCUCAUCUCUGACGUGCGACGGAGGUUCGAAGCUGAGUAUGUGACAGAUAAGUCAGAUAAGUAUGAUCCACGUGAUGUUGAAAGACUACAACAAGAUGAUAACUGGGUUGAGAGUUACUUAUGUUGGAGGCAUAAUGUUGUAGAUGAAACAUUGAAGAUGCUUGAUGAGAGUUUUCAGUGGAGGAAAGAAAUGUCUGUCAAUGACCUGACUGAAGCCUCCAUUCCCAGGUGGUUAUUGGAAAUUGGUGGUAUUUAUCUCCACGGUUAUGACAAAGAAGGCAACAAGUUGUUCUGGAUCAGGGUGAAGUAUCAUAUAAAAGACCAUAAGACCAUAUUGGACAAAAAGAAGCUUAUUGCGUUCUGGUUGGAACGGUAUGCUAAGAGAGAAAAUGGGAAACCUGUAACAGUGAUGUUUGACCUGUCAGAGACUGGAAUAAAUAGCAUAGACAUGGACUUUGUACGCUUCAUCAUCAACUGCUUUAAGGUUUAUUACCCUAAAUACCUCUCAAAAAUGGUGAUCUUUGAUAUGCCUUGGAUAAUGAACGCUGCUUUCAAAAUUGUGAAAUCCUGGCUUGGUCCAGAAGCAGUGAGUUUGUUGAAGUUUACAAGUAAAAAUGACGUCCAAGACUAUGUCAGUGUAGAAUACCUGCCUCUUCACAUGGGCGGAACUGAUCCUUUCAAGUAUAGCUAUCCACCACUUGUAGAUGAUGACUUCCAGACACCGUUGUGUGAAAAUGGGCCUAUUGCCAGUGAGGAUGAAGCUUCAAGUAAAGAAGAUAUAGAAAGUGAUGGCAAAGAAACCUUGGAAACAAUUUCUAAUGAAGAACAAACAGCUCUUCUUAAAAAGGUUAACAUAACGGAACCUACUUCCAAAGCAGAAGAGAAUGAAAAAGUUGAUUCCAAAAUGAAAGCUUUCAAGAAACCAUUGAGUGUGUUUAAAGGGCCCUUAUUACACAUCAGCCCAGCGGAAGAACUGUAUUUUGGAAGUACAGAAUCUGAAGAGAAGAAAGCUUUAAUAGUGUUGACAAAUGUAACGAAAAACAUAGUGGCAUUUAAGGUGAGAACAACUGCUCCAGAAAAGUACAGAGUCAAGCCAAGCAACAGCAGUUGUGACCCGGGUGCAUCAGUUGAUAUAGUUGUGUCUCCCCACGGGGGUUUAACAGUCUCUGCCCAAGACCGUUUUCUGAUCAUGGCUGCAGAAAUGGAACAGUCAUCUGGCACGGGCCCAGCAGAAUUGACUCAGUUCUGGAAAGAAGUUCCUAGAAACAAAGUAAUGGAGCAUAGGUUAAGAUGCCAUAUUGUUGAGAGCACUAAGCCAACCACUCUUACAUUAAAAGACCAUGCCUUUAACAUGUCAGAGAAAACCAGUGAGGAUCUCUAUCUACAACUCAAUCGUUUACUAGAAAGCAAUAGGAAGCUUGAAGACCAAGUUCAGCGUUGUAUCUGGUUCCAGCAAUGGCUGCUUUCCUUAACAGUGCUCUCGCUUGCUUUUGUCAUCUCUUUCUUCUAUUUGUUGUACAGUUAAAGAAGCGGUGGUCGGUAGGAAACAUGGCUUUUCCGUUCAUUAGUUGGAAAAAGUAACACCCAGAACUUCUCCACCGUGCUGAAAGUGUCGCACAUCUGUGCUUCCUCCAAGGAAAUGUACGGCAUUUAGGGGGCGAACUGAAACAUGUCUUGAAAAUAAACUGUUAGAAUAAGGAAACGCUGAAGGUAUUGAUUAUAAGAGACUAUAGGUAGUUAGUCAAGUAAGUAAAGGCAUAUCUGUUGUGUGACUUAAUAGAGAUAAUUUAUUUUUCCCUUUUGAUUUAGUACUUUUAAAGCUUGUUUUAUCAUGUAUAUAUGUUAGCUGAACGGAAAAGUAACAUGCUUUGUUGCAGCCAAAAACUGUCAUCUGCUUUUUUUUUUUUUGACAGAAUUAUUAUAGCUGAGCCAACUUAUUAGCUUUUCUAUACUAUGUAUAUAGAAGAACAUGUAUAUUGAAAAAACAUACAGAGUAAUUUCUGUAACCAUGACUUUGUAAUUUUGAGAACUACUAACAGAUGCUAGUCGAUGUUCUUUUGGAAUGUACAACUACUUAAUGCCAAACCACCUUUAGCCUUUGUUUCUUAUCCAUCUUCCUUAACGGCCUGCCUGCCCUUUAUUAAUCUCAGACUUUUUAAUGAACACUCACACUCUCUCAUUUAGCUAGGAUUUGGGGAACUAAGUCUGGUUGGAUUUUCUCUAAAUUCUGUCAGUCAGUAACGUCCAGAAGAAGAAACCCUCCAGUCUUUUUUUACGCAGUUUCACGUUGCUCUCUGGCUGGACCCGGACCCUUUUGCUUCACUUAUUCUAAAGGCCUGAUCCUCCACUGGACCCCCUUCACCCUCCUUUCUAAAUGAAAGGAGUUAGAUAAAAUUUUUUUGAAAAGUAAGUUAGUUUUUGAGAUGCAUAGCAGUAUAAUUCAUUUACAUUUCAAUUCCUUGCUAAAAUCAGCCACGAGAAGGGAACUUGACGAAAGACUGGAGUAUCGGUAAGGGUGAAAAAAAAAAUCGAAAAGUGUCACUUCUCCGUUUAAGAGUGAAAAAUACUGUAAAAACUUCAGACCAGGGUUAAUUGACUCACUUGAUAUAUUCUGCCUUUGUCACAGCAAUACUGAGGACGGUUCCUCAAUUCGUAACAUGAUACACCUCGCAGGAGCAGAGCCUAAUAAAAGUAGUUUGUUUUCUCAUUUAAUAUAACCAGUUUCGGUCCAUGUUGGUUCACAUAUAAAUCUACUUUAUAUGAAGGAAAAAAAUAGUCUGCCUGUAAAAUAAAUUUUGAGUUUUGAUUGA